AGGAAAGCCCAAUAUAUAGAACAGUCGGAAACCGGGAGAUGGUGACAUCGUAAGGUCUGGUGCUGCUGUCGAAGUCUGAAGUAGCAGUUGGAGAGAAUGAAAGCAUAUAGCAUCAGUAUCCAAAGAGAGAGAAGAAAGAAAAAUCAAGUAGAUUAGCGAGAGCAGUUUUGUGGUCCGCUCCGAAUGUCAUCGAAGUCUCCUCUCCUCUUUCUCUUGAGGAGAAGGAGACACCACCAUUUCCACACUCUCUCUUCUCAACAACCCUAUCAAUAUCAUUACUUAACUCAAUUCCUACCUCAUCCUCAUCCUACUUCCCCUCUCACAUUAAUCACCCCUAGAGAACGUCGUCUCAUUGCCGUUGGAUUAUCCACCAUCAUCAAAAACCGUCAUUCUUUUCUCUUGAAAACCUUCUCCUUUCGUUUCUCUCCAUCAUUUCUCGUCACCAUCAUGAACCUUCUCCACACUCGCGACGCCGCUUUCGCUUUCUUCAAGUUAUCGUUCGGCGAUUCCGAUUCCCGUUCCGAUCAAUUCGUAAAUUCUUGUUGCGUUGCCGCCCAUCUUUUGGCUGCUCAGAAUCUUCAAUUUCUUGCACAGGAUGUCGUUUCGUGGAUUUUUGGGAGGAUUCAAGCUGCUAGAAGUAAGGAGCUUGUGGAGUUUAUGUGGAGGAAUCAUUCGCGUUAUGAGUCUGAUUUUUCUGUUUUGAAUACCCUAAUGAGGAGUUUUUUGAAUGUAGGUAUGUGUUUAGAGGCUUUGGAUGUUUUGAAUAGGAUGAGAGUUGUUGGUGUUACACCUAGUGUAACUGCGAUUUCAAUUCUUUUUAAGUUGUUGUUUAGGAUCGGUGAUUAUGCUACUGUGUGGAAGUUGUUUAAAGAUAUGCUUCGAAAAGGGCCUUUUCCUUCUAAUAUCACAUUCAAUGUCAUGAUUUGUGGGUUUUGUGGAAAGGGAGGGUUUGUUAUAGGGCAGAGUUUGUUGCAUUUGAUGCAUAAGUUUGGGUGUUAUCCCGAUGUUAUUUCGUAUAAUACUCUUAUUAAUGCCUGCUGUAUUGGGGGGAAGACUUCUGUUGCGAUUGGAUGGCUUCGUUUGAUGGUGAAAAGCGGCUGUCAGCCGAGCAUUGCCACGUUUACUACGAUUUUGCAUGCUCUUUGCAGGGAAGGAAAUGUGGUGGAGGCGAGGAAGUUGUUUGAUAGAAUUCUUGAUAUGGGUAUUGCUCCGAGUACUACAAUAUAUAACACGAUGAUGGAUGGGUAUGUGAAGGCAAGGGAGAUUGGUCAAGCUAGCUUGCUUUAUGAAGAAAUGAGGAUUAAAGGGGUUUCGCCGGAUUGUGUUACUUUCAAUAUUUUUGUUGGGGGGCAUUAUAAAUAUGGGAGAAAAGAGAAUUGGAACAGAAUGUUAAAAGAUUUAACAGUGACCGGCUUUUUUCAGGAUUGUUCGCUUUAUGAUGUGACAGUAUCGUGGCUGUGUUGGACUGGUAGACUUGACGAGGCCAUGAAAUUUUUAAAGGAUUGUCUUGAGAAGGGACUAACUUUUAGUGUGGUUGCCUUUAACUCAUUAAUAGCAGCCUAUAGCAGGGAAGGUUUAGAAGACAAAGCUUUUGAAGUCUAUCAUAAUAUGGUUAAAUGUGGUUUCAUUCCUUCAUCGUCCACAUGUAAUUUUUUGCUUAUGGGUUUGUGUAGGAAAGGGAGGUUGCAAGAAGCUAGGUCACUUUUGUAUAGGAUGUCAGAGAAGGGGUUUCCCAUAAAAAGAGUGGCUUACACUCUGCUUUUUGAUGGAUAUUUCAAGAUGAACGAUUUCGAUGGAGCUCUAUUUAUGUGGAAGGAAAUGAAAGAAAGAGGUAUAUAUCCAGAUGUUGUUGCCUUCACAGCCUUAAUAGAUGGACUUUCAAAAGCAGGCAAUGUUGAUGAGGCAUAUGAAGUGUUCUCGGAAAUGUCAGCUAUAGGUUUUGUUCCUAAUAAUUUUGCUUAUAAUUCCUUGAUUGGUGGGUUUUGCAACUGUGGGAAGAUGACUGAAGCAUUAAAGUUGGAGAAAGAGAUGAUGCUAAAAGGCCUUCUUCCCGACACCUUUACUUUCAAUAUCAUCAUCGAUGGAUUUUGUAGACAAGGAAACAUGAAAUCUGCAAUUGACUCGUUUCUUGAGAUGCACCGGAUUGGUUUGAUGCCUGAUAUAUUCACAUUUAACAUAUUAGUUGGUGGAUACUGUAAGGCAUUUGACAUGGUUGGUGCAGAUGAUAUUGUAAAUAAAAUGUACACAUGUGGCCUUGACCCAGAUAUCACAACCUAUAAUUUACGCAUGCAUGGUUACUGCAGUGCUCGAAAAAUGAAUCGAGCAAUUGUCAUUUUGGAUGAGCUCGUCUCUGCUGGUAUUGUUCCAAACACAGUGACAUACAACACUAUGCUGAGUGGUGUUUGUAGUGAUAUUCUGGAUCGUGCUAUGAUUCUUACUGCAAAAUUAAUUAAAAUGGGUUUUAUUCCAAAUGCGAUUACAACCAAUAUAUUGUUGUCUCACUUUUGCAAGCAAGGAAUGCCAGAGAGGGCCUUACUGUGGGGUGAAAAGUUAAGAGAGAUUUGUUUUGGUUUUGAUGAAAUCUCCUAUAUAAUACUGGACAGAGCUAACCAUUUGGUGCAGAAUGAGGCUGAACUUGUCAGAGGAACUUAUGAAAAGAGCCUUUUUUUGGAUUUCCUAAUGUACAUUACAUUUGACCAUUUUUCAAGAAAUAGACCUCAUAUCAUAGAGAAUGAUAAUAGUUUCAAGUUGAUUGAAAGUCGAUAUGUUGCUUUAUGAGCUUGCUUGUUUCAUCUUUUUAUAAUCCUCGACAUUUUUGGAGGUUUUGUGUAAUCGUGAGAAGUGCACAUUGUCUACUUGAACAUUGCACCAAACAAGUGGUUGCAAAAUAGGUGGCAGUAGCACAAACUUUGAGAAACCAAGGAAAGAUUGGUUACCUUUUUCUAAGGUGAAUAUCAUUAAGAUAUUGCUACCAGUCUGGGCUGUAGGUGGAAGCAUAGUUUGCUUCUGAUAUUUAGAGGCCUCGGAAGUCGGAACCAUUAUCAGUCUGAAGUUUGAUUGAAUCUGCUGAAGUGCUGGCAAUGAAGGAUCUUUUGUGCAUGCAUUUUUUAGUGUGGGCGGCAACGUCAAAGGCAUGAGUUGGCAAAAAAGGUACUGAAGUUCAUUCCACAAUUACAGCAGAUGUAGACAAGAUUGGUGACAGAAUGUGGAGCAUUAAUCACCUUGACCUCAAGUCAUUCAGUUCAUUCCAAAGCUAAGGUAGAUGUAGACAAGAUUGGUGCUGUAGGAAACACUUCAGGUAAGUUCUUUACUUAAUCUGCUUGUUGAUUUAAUUUACUAGUCUACUGUUCUUUCCUCACAUUACUGAUCAUGGAAGACCAAUCACAUUAUUUGCAAUCAUUUCCCACCCAAAGGAUAUUUUUGUCAUCUUAAUUUUACAGUUAAUGCUGCAUCCCCAUAAAAAAUCAACCAAUUUGAGGUUUUCAAAACAGCCUUUUCACUCUAUCAGCUACAUGCUGCUAUCCCUUUGCUUCAGUUUCCACCUCUUGCAUGAACAAAGCCUAUUUGUUGCACAAGCCGUUUUCUCCCAUCUCCAAAGGCGACUCCCGGGUCUCAGCUUCUGACCUAGUAACUUUGAAUCUGCCACUUCCUCUGAAGUAGCACACAACCACUCCUCUAUCCCGGUCAACCAUUUCGAGCACAGAACAUGGUUAUUUUUAAGGAACUAAUGCCCAUUGUGCAGCAUGAGAUCUCAAUCGUCUAGCAGCUUUGAGAAGUAGCAGGACAAUGGGGUCUAAGGAACUAGAUUGAUUUUCCAGCUAUCAGAUGGCAAAAGCAAUGGUCAAAAGGCAAAAGCUCUAGUAUGAAUAUUUCUCUGCAACUUGAAUGCAGAAAGUUUGCAGUAUGAAUAUUUUGAGCAAUUGGAUGCAGAAAUUUUUUCAGUUUGUUCAUAAAGACAGCUAAAAUGUGGAAAGCUUGAAUCCGGUAAUAAUGGUCGUAUUGUAAAAUGGAAUAGAGUUUUUGAACUUUGGGUACUAACCAAGAGCAUGAAUGCAUGAUUCAAAUGCCAUCGAUCCACUCAACAGUAUGCAGCUUUGUGGGAAAUUCUCAAAAGAAUGGAAAAGUGAGUCCUUGGAAUUUCAAUACUAAGGGUUCAAUUGAAUCCAAUAAAGCAGCUUUGGGAAGGAUUUUGAUUAAAGGCAAUGAGCUAAUAAAAUGGAGAGGAUAUCAAGUGGUGGAGAUUGUUAAUCAAUUUAAUCUACAAUGUUGUUCUCCAGUUGGGUACUAACCAAUAGCAUGAAUGCAUGAUUCAAAUGCCAUCGAUCCACUCAACAGUAGCAGCUUUGUGGGAAGUUCUCAAAAGAAUGGAAAAGUGAGUCCUUGGAAUUUCAAUACUAAAGGUUCAAUUGAAUCCAAUAAAGCAGCUUUGGGAAGGAUUAUGAUUUAAGAGAAUGAGCUAAUAAAAUGGAGAGAAUAUCAAGUGGUGGAUAUUGUUAAUCAAUUUCAUCUACAAUGUCGUUUUCCAGUUGGUUGCCAAAUUUUUAUAUUCAGGUUCUACUCUAUACUGAACAAGAAUGGAAAUUGUACCAUUUCUAGUGUUGCUUCUAUUGUUUUUACUGUUGAAAAAUGAUCGAUUAAAACACUACCAAUAAUAUUACAUAUUUUAGUUGUUCACAUGUUCACUUUGGCCAGUUCAUUCCCUCUGCUACUUGUCGCACGAAGAUGAUGAGGCCAACAGCCAGAGGCAGUGCUGCAACGGACAUGAUGAGCAAUGAAAAGUGACAGGGAAACUGUCAAAUGCAUUCUAAUGAUUAAUCUAAAAUCUGAGAAAUCAAAUCCCAAAAGCAAAAGAAUAAGUUGAGGACAAACAAAUUUUAUAUGCAAUAUUGUGCACGAGGCUAGAGGAAAGUUGUGGUGAGUAGGCCAUUGUUGCUACUACAAAGAAAGGAUAAAAUACCAGAAUCCACAUGAUCUGCUCUGUUAGUGCUCUUAAAGCUGCCAUAGUUGUCACUAGGAAAAUUAACAUUAUUCAUUUAUAAUUUUUAUAAAAGGAAAAGGUUAGAUUUUAUUUCCUUUUGUUUUUGUUUUUGAGAUAACAGUUAGUAGAGUCAAAUUUCUGUGAA